UUUCAGAGUGCGCUUUUAGCGUGUUGUACAUUUCCUCGGGAACAUUAAAGACUGAAAACCUUGAACAGUAUGGGCCUAUUGCAUUCAUCGAUGGCCACCAGAUUAUCGGCCGCUGAUCUCUCGUUUAAUGCAUCAAUAGGCACUAAAUCACCCGCACAUCUGAUGUGAAUUGCAAUCAUUGGCCAUACCGCACCCUAAAACUGAUUUCGAUAUUUUAGUCCUGCUUUCAACCAAAACAGCGUGAUAAACCAAACUUGCAAAAAAAAAACACUUGAUCUCGUGUUGUUACCGCGUCAAACAAGGCUAUUGCGUUGCAGCUUUCAUGUACGAAUAUCGCAUUCUCACUUCCAGAACCGUUGAUCAAACAUUCGAAUGUUUACAUGUUUAAAGCCAGCUAUCUUAACUAUCUUCAACGCUGUAUAACUGCAACCUGAAUAUACACACGUGUGUUCGUUAGCUAGUUUCAAGAUGAGUAGCUGUUUUCUGGAUGAGGAGACGUUCUGUCAGUGCUGUCAGCUUCUCCUCCAACACUCCCACUCACUCUGUGACGGCUGGAGCUGGGAACAAGUGAAGGGUUCUGAGGAGGGCUACCUGAGGAAGACUGCCCUGGGGACCGGCAGAACCAGAUGUAACCUGGACCAGCAAGGAACCAGUUCAGACCAGCACCAGGAGAGGACCUUCUCCCCUUCUUUCCAUAAUGAUGAUGAAGAUGAUGGCACAGUGUGUUGUAUACAGGAGGAGAGCAGUAGUAGCAGUGUCGUUCAGUAUGAAUACCAUAUCCUCUACUCCUGCAGCUACCAAACUCCUGUCCUCUACUUCAGAGCUUCAACCCUGGAGGGUAGGAGUCUCUGUCUCGAGGAGGUAUGGGACAGUGUUCAUCCUAACUACAGACAGAGACUACAGCACAGAACCUGGGACACCAUCACACAACAGGAACACCCGUUGCUCGGCCAGUCGUUCUUUGUGCUCCACCCCUGCAGGACAGAAGAGUUCAUGAUGCCUGUUCUAAAAGCUGCCCUGGAAGAACACCGACAGGUGAACUACAUUGUGACCUGGCUCAGUGUGGUGGGUCCUGUUGUGGGACUGGAUGUUCCUCUGAGCUACUGUACACAGGUACCUGAACCCCCGCACACCCACUCCAGCUCUCCACAGCCCCCCUCCAGCUCUCCACAGCCCCCCUCCAGCUCUCCACAGCCCCCCUCCAGCUCUCCACAGCCCCCCUCCAGCUCUAGGGACAAAGCCAGGCUGAAUGGUUCUCCCAUCUAGCGUGGACAACACAUAAUUCCAAAGCGAAUUUCCAUUGGAGCCAGAUUUGACAUCAGCUUGAGAUGUGUUGAUGAGGUCUGUCCAGUGGGCAUGAGAUGGAGGACAUGGCAGCUGCUUUUCACAGCAAGUCUCUAGAGAGAACCGUUACAUGAAGCACUGCUGGCACCUAGUGGUGGGAAACAUUACUGCAACUCUACAGGCCUGUCAGAACUGCUAGGUUGAAUCAGAUCAGGUGCUGGAUCUGAGAAGAGCGAGCGGGGAUGACGUAUAGAUCUGGGACAGGGUCUUACUGUGGGCUUCAGUGGUGAUACCUGUGAAAGGGUGAAACAUGACACUUCUCCUUUUGUCACAGCAGACCUGGUCUUAGGAGGCUAGACAACCACGGCGCAACGAAAGAGAUGUCUAUUGAUUUCUAUGGGAGCUACUCUGUCCUUGACAAAGUUGUUUUGGAACAAGACAAAAGGAAUGUCUAUUUUGUCCCUGGAUAGGGGACUGAAGAUGACGUCAGAUGUAACUUCUGUUCCCUAUGACCUCAAACAUUAACUUUUUAAGUACACCUCUCAUUGUCACCUAACAUGUCCAACAAUCAUGUCGGAACUUUUUGAUUUCUUUGCAAUAAAGUUGAUGACAAACACACCGUU